CACCCCCUCCCUUGUGUACUCGGGAGCCUGUUCCCUGGGCGACAGUCAACACAGACAGGACUGCAAAACACAGUUGGGUCCCAGCCUGGAGAGUUCUGUCCCCUGCAGCCACUCUGAGCUCGGGAUCCGGUGGGGGGACCUUGUGCAGGCUUUCCUGGGUUAAGAAAAGAAUCUCUGUCUCUUUUCUCUCUUUUUCUCCUCACCCGCUUUCCCCAGUCCCCUAUGGGCAGCCAACACACUGGGCUCCAAAGAACCACAUCAUCCGGGUACCGACCGCCCCCUACCCAGCCUCUUGCCUCAGUUUCCGGGGCCCAGGAUGGCCCUGCAGCAAGCAGGGGUCUUGCUGGUGGCUGCCAGGGUACCGGAGCUCAGGGUGUACAGCAGGACCAGCUGUGGAGGGAGCUUGUAGAAGCCGAAGUUCGAGGCCAGCAGCGUUGGGCUGAGAAUUGGGGUUUUCUGAAAGACUACGACCCUUUGGGAAAUAAGAAGGAGCCUGAGAAGCUCCCUGAAGACGUGCCCUUCUUCUCAGACACACUCCCCAGCUCCACGAGCCGGGAGGUGGGCAGUAGGGUGGACACAGCCCUGGGGAGGGCCCUCACCCACAUGGAUUUCUUCUUCACGGAAGGUACGCGGAAGAAGAAGCUGGAGGAUGAGCUGCAGCCAGUGUAGGGAUCUUAGGAUGGACCCCAGCAGGUAGGCGUGGAAUGGACAGAGUCCAGGAGGCCCUCAGAGUGUGGGUGCUCUUGGGUCAGUCUCAUAUGUGGCAGGAGGAGGAUUCCAGAAACACCCCUAGGACCACAGAACCUUACUCAGCCCUUCCUGCUCAGGACCCCAGAGUUAAAGUGGGAACUCAGUGUUAAAGGUGGGAGCGUGUUUAAUGGGUUCGGUCUGACUUUAUAACUAUGAGGUUGCUCACAGUUUCUGCCUCUGUCUGUCUGUCUGUCUGUCUGUGGGUGCUGGGGCACCUCAACCUGACUUCACGCACUGGGAGGAGGCAGGGCGAGCUGGUAGCACACUCCCAGCUGACCCGAAGGCUGCUGUUGGCGCCGCCGAUUUGUAGGUGGAGGCCGCUUGUUCAUUCCCAGCUGCCCAGACUACAAAAUAAUCACAAAGAAACUAUAUUAAUUAAAUCACUGCUUGGCCAAUCACUUAAGCGUAUUUCUGGCUAACUCUAUCCUAAACUAACCCAUCUCCAUUCAUCUGUGCAUCACCAUGACGUCGUGGCCUACCGGCAAAGUUCCAGCACGUCUGUCUCUGGUGGAGGCUACAUGACUUCCCCCUGACUCUGCCUUCUUUCCUCCUCUAUCUGCCUGGAGUUCCUGCCUUGCUCUAUUCUGCUAAGCCACUGGCCAGAUAUAUUCAUUAACCAAUAAAAGCAACACAUAUACAGAAGGACUUCCCACACCAGGCUGCAGCCUUCCUUCUGGGAGUCUAAGGUUAAAGUGAGUUGUCCUGACCAAUCCAAGAUCACAGGAGCGAUGGCGCUCAGCAGCUAAAAGCACUUGCAGAGACCUAGGUUCAAUCCCCAGCACCUGCCUCGUGGCUAACAGUUAUCUGUAACUCUAGCCCCAAGGAAUCCAAUGCCCUCUCUGGCCUAUAAGGGCACUUGAAUGCACAGACAAUUAUACAGACACAUACACAUAAACCUAAAAACAAAACAAACAAAAGUCAAGGCUCACUUCAGCUGCAGGUGGCUUCCCUCAAGCACACUAGAGAAUCUCAUAAAGACUUCUCAAAUCUGUCUCCUGGGGCAUGGGACCCGGAGCCCAGAACUGGUUCCCAAGCCUACAAGCACAGCCAUUUACAGAUGGUGCAAAGUUUAAGCCCAAAUCACCUUCUUCACAUGUAUUUUUGUCACUAGCCAAGAAGUCUAGAAGCCAAGGCAAGCAUCUGGGGCAGACUGGUCAGUUCCCUGCGAUGUCUGACUCAUGGCAGCGAUACCAAUCCUGGCCUCCAUCUCCACAGUUAGAGGAUGGCAGGAGAGGGGAGGAGACAGAUCUCAAGGAUAUCACAGGGCUGGUCUUCUCUAGAGCACGUUGGUCAGAAGGAAAAUACAGUACAGCUCACAGCCUCCUUCCCAUGCGUAGACCUUGGCUAGAACAUUAUACUGGAGAUCUUGUCUACAUGUCUCUCAGUUGUUUGGACCAACAGGCUCCUGGGGUACAAGCUUCUCUCUGCUCAUCUCCAGAGUGCCAAGAGAGCUGGAAGGAGAGGAUGCUAUACUGUGUCUGCGUGACUCUGCAGGUCGCAGCCAGCCCCCCACAUAUACUCUCCACCCCACGUAAUCACGUCUUCAGGCUCUUCAGGAAGCUGUCUGCUAUGAGUUUCACUGUCUCACUCAUGGGCUAAGGAAUGGAGAUGGGUCCGGCCACCAGUGCCUUCUGUCUUUGGGACCAGAACAAAGAAGGCUGGAUGAGCCAGGCAGCCAGGCUCCAGGCCUAGGCAUGGGGAAGUAGCACCAAAGCUCCACAGCCUCACUGUAAUCCCUAGGGAGCUUUAUCUAGACAGUGGACCAGGGCAGCUCAGAGCCCACAGGCUGGGCAGCACCAGGGGUCCAGAAGGGUCAAGUCCAGAGAACUAAGAAGGCCCACAGCAGGGCAGGAAGGAGCCCCCUUCACUCUAGACCACUGCUUCUUUGAGCAUCUCUGCCUCCCUCUGCCCUGUGGUAGACGCUACCCCUACUUCCAGUGAUAAAGAAUGCCCGCCUGCCAUGGAGACACAGAGUGACCCCUAGGCAUCUUCCUGUACUAGACAUGAUGAGGUAGUGUAAAAAGACACAUGGGUUAUUCUGGGGGUGCCUAGCCACCAAGUUUAGAACAAUGUCGAUGUCAACACGAAGGAAAAGUAGAGGGCCAACCUGGCUACACCCCUGACUCAUGUGCACACACAAACACACAUACACAUGAUUAAAAAUAAUUACAUUUUUUUCAAAUACUGAACUCUAGAGAAUUACAGAAUAAAGAACAGAAAUAUCGUCAUUUUAGGCCUAACACUCAUAACUACUUUAGGUAUGAAUUAAUAAAGGCCACAGAAACCUUAGGUUAGAGAUUCACAGGGAGCCCCAUCAGGAGAAGGGCAGCUGACAUGAUGUACCUCUGGAGCUACCCAAGGAGCUCUCCCUGGAGACAGAGUACGUGUGACCUGAGAGCUACCAGGAAAGGACAGAGCCCAUGCUUGCCUCUUUGUGAAAGACAAAGGGAGCUGAGCAGUGGCCCAGGUGAGAGGCAGCCCAGGCCAGAGACUCUAGAGAGCGCCUUGGGGAAUAAAUGCCGGAGGACAGGCAUAGCGGAGAACAGGUCGGUCACGCUGCGCUGGUAUAGAUCCCAGCUUCUGAAACUGAGCUGGAGCCAGAUAACUGCAUGUGGGGUCUGCAAAAAUAUGGUCGCAGUAAGUGUGCUGGACAUGCAAUGACCAAAAUUAAUUCAAAGACAAACAUGUAAUGUACUCCCGAUGUUUCUGGCUGUGCUAGCCAGUUUUAUUUUGUGACUUCACCAUGGCUGUGCCUCUGAAUAUACAGUGUGUGUGAUUUGUAGUUAGCAGGCUGUCACACCACACAACCUCAAGAGAUGCUGCCAGAGCAGUCCACACAGGCACAUGUAUAUGCCUUGGCACCCACACAUACACGAACACACACAUGCACACACAUAUGCACACACAUGUACACACACACUUGUACACACACACCACAUACACACCCAUGUGUACAUACAUGCACAUGCAUACACAUGUACACACACACGCACACACAUGCAUACAUACGCACAUGCACAAUACACACAUGCAUAUACAUGCACACCCAUAUGCAUGCACAUACACACAUGCACACACCACACACACGCACACCCAUGUGUACACCCAUGCACACCCAUGCACACACAGGCACAUGUACAUGCCUUGGCAUCCACACACAUGCACACACACAUGUACACACGUACACACCACAAAUACACAUGCACACCCAUGUGUACACACAUGCACAUGCAUACACAUGUACACACACAUGCACACACACAAUUGCUGCUCUACUUGACUCAAGUUUCAUUUUUAAAAAAGGUGUUUGGCUUGUGAUUAAUUUGCAACAAUUUCUAAAAUGGCCUUAAACAUCCAGUGCCAUUUUGUGUUAGCUAUUCAUGUAAAGGGGCAUUCUCAGUAUCAGAAGUUAUAAAAUCAAAAUAUCUAAGGGCUGGAGAGAUGGCUCAGGGGCUAUGAGUACCAUUGCUCUUCCAGGGGACCAAGGUUUCGCCUCUGGCACUCCCAUGGCAGCUCAUGAUUGUAACUCCAGUUCCAAGGCAUCCAAGGUACUCUUUGGGCCUCCAUGGGCAUCGGGCAUGUAUGUGGUACACAGACAUAUAUGCAGGCAAAAGACACACAUAAAAUAGAAAUUUUUAAAACUUUAAAAAUAAAAUAUCAGUCAACUGAAAAAAUUUGAAAAUGUUCUAUUUUCUGUUCUAUCAAAUAUUGAACCAAAAUUUAAUUCUAUAUGUAAAAAUAAACACAACCACCUCAGUAUGCAAAUUAACUUUAAUCUUUAAUAAAUUGUAAAACUGUGUAAACCAAAGAAUUAUUUUGAAAAAAAAUUUUUUUGAUUUGUUAUUAGCUGGUGUUUGACUUAUUCAGUUUUUUUUUUUUUUUUAAGUUCAAGGAUGUUUUUUGUUAGAGUUUGAGAAAAGCAAAGGGCAGGCUAACUGUAAAUCUUGGGGAAAAGGAACCAUGUCCUUUAUUUAGCAAGUAGCCACCUGGCAGCCAAGCAGCCAGUGUGAAGCAAGAAGUGGGGGGAGGGGAGUGUCUGGGGAAGGGAGGGAAUCCAAGUGUCUGGGAAAGCAUGCUUCAGAAAGAGACGGAGAAAGAAAAGGCGAAAGGAAAGUUAUCCAGGCUGGUUCUGCAAGCUGCUGCCUGCUCACAGCACCUACAUCCUCCUCCAGUGGUCACAGGGACCUGUUUCUGGUGAGAGGGGCUGUGAGUGGGAGGAGCUUAAGAAGCUCUGAGUAGUUUUCAGGGUCCAGGACAACCCUCUACUUCACCUGAUGUCUACAGCACACUGGCCAGUAGCUUAUGUGUAGUAAUACAUACUGGUGGGCAAGCCACGUGCAGAGCCUAGAUGACAUCCCUACAGGUUCAGGCAGUUGUUUACCUGUACAGGAUUUGGAGUCCUUUUGUCUUAGCAUUUACCCUCAAAAUGGAACAAACUGCUACAUUGUAAAAUGGAGUUACUCAGGGCAAGGCUGAGCUAGGAGGCUGUUGGCUUUACACAAGGAAGAAAGUAACUCGGAGCAGAGCUGACUGUAUCAUAUCUCCAUUCUCGACUACUUUUCUUAGGUACAGAAUUGCCAACUCAAGAGAGACAUAGCCAAAGCAUGGAAACACACACACACACACACACACACACACACACACACACACACACCCCAAAGAUCUUUCUCGUGGGAGGGAAGCGAUAGAGCCUUUUGACUUCUUCCAAGGGAAGGGUGAGGACUUUGGUGAGGACUGGAGGCAAGGUGGAAGGUGUGUGCUGGUGCAUGGUUUACAGCCCAGAAUUACUGCAGACUAGCUGUGCGUCUGUGUGUGUGUGUGUGUGUGUGUGUGCAGACUCAUAACCCAGAGAUCUCCA